AUGGCAACUGCCAUGGGCUCGCAUGCCGGCUCAGAUCCCUUCGAUCUGGACAAUCAUAUCCCCCUAACUUUCGCCGACCGGGCCCGUGCUGCCCAGCUCCGAAAUAGCUCCACGGUUGUGGACCGGCCGAUCGGUGUCUCGCCGGCGCCCCGGCGACUGGCCCGGACGCCAUCUUCGCCUUUACUCCGACUCUCUAACUCUGCUGCUACGGAAGGGGCACAGCCCGCAUACGCAUCGUACCGGCCUUCGUUGGAACCCAUUCUGGAGCCCGUCUCCAUCGUCGAAGGCGCCAACAGGGUCGCGCAAGAGCAAACGGAUGCCUAUAACGCCAAAUUAGCAGUCUUCCAUGCAUUCUGCGAAUCAUUUGACCAGGCCGCGAAGCAAUUCACGUCUGGAAUUGAGCAUACCUUUGCGAACCAAUUCGCUACCAGUUUCCUCGACUUUUGGCGCCAGUCUCUCUCCAUACUGCCGCCCGCGACGGCGCCGACUUACAGCAGCGUCGCCGCCGGGCGCAGCCCUCGCCAGCCCCUUGCGGGCCACGCCACUCCCUCAGUUGGGACCCCGCCGCCCGCACCACAACAAACAGCGGACAUACGUCUCCAGGGACGACCAAUUCCCGCCCCACCGAAAGAGGACCUCCGGGUCUUCGUACGACUCGACGCCGAAGCACCGGCGAGGAACUUCGAGUCGUACGCGAUCCGGACCCACAUCGCCGCGAAAGUCGGCAUCGACCUCCACCAAAUCCCGGCAGCUUUCCCCGUGAAUUCGGGUUGGGCUCUUCGCACUACGGAUACCGCAACGAGAGACCUCAUCGUCCAGCGCCAGUCAGAAUGGGCACAGGAUCUCGGCGCCAAUACUGUCGAGUCCAGCCGAAAAUGGUACACCUACGUCGUCUCCAAUUGCCCGCGGAGACUCACUGAUCUUCAAGGCAAUGAAGCCGACUACGACGAAGCCGUCAAGGGCGAAAUUGCCUGCCAAACCGGCCAGACGGCGAUCUCCGCUCAAGAGAAAGCGCGUCACACGUGCCAACCCAACCGCAUCACUCAUAUGACAGGGCGCCAUAGAGACAAGACCGGAAAGAAGACCAUUCGCGUUUUCCAGGCCAAUGUUGGCAAGAUCCCGCCGGCGCAUGACUGUGCCCUCGCCCUGGCGGACGCCGAACAGUACGACAUCGUCCUACUGCAGGAGCCGUGGACAGAAGCCAAAGAAGGCCGCUGUCUCACCAAAACGCAUCCCGCAUACGACACGUUCUCCCCGGUCGACAGCUGGACCAACAACAGCACCCGCCCGAGGGUCAUGACGUAUGUCCGGCGUCGUCCCGGCCUAACUGCCGAUCAACGGCGGCCCACGGCAACCCGUGACAUCCUCUGGCUCACUAUCAACAAUAUGACGAUAGUCAACUGCUACCGACAGCCUGACUUCGACGGAGCUCUUGACAUACUUCUUGCCUGGAGCCCGCCGAGCAGAUGCUUGGUCGCGGGAGACUUCAAUGCGAAACACUACAGCUGGCAGACCGGUCGUCUCGAUGGCCGGGGCGACGACAUCGCUCACUGGGCAGCAGAGAAUCGUCUCAGCCUGCUCAAUCCGACCGACGUGCCCACGAACCCGCAUGGGAAUACCAUAGACCUUGCCUUCUCGAACGUUCCGUUGUCGGAGGCAGUCGUGGAGGACCAUCUAGCCACUAGCUCCGACCACUUCACACUCAGCAUAGCGCUUCCUGAGGUGGGCGUAGCGCCAAUACCACCUGGAAAAGUCCGCGUCACGACGGAAGACGAGAUCAAGCGGUUCGUAGAUCUCGUCCAGUACGGGUCAGCGGACAUUCCAACUCCGACUACUACUAACCACGACCUUGAUGCUCUUGCAUCUGCCCUGGUGCGCCUCCUCCAAGUGGCGGCGAAAGUCGCCGGUCGCCCCGUUCGAAAGCAAACCCGCAGCGCCCCAUGGUGGAUCGAGGAAUGCCGGCUCGCCGCAGUGGAAUACCGCGCGAUCAGAAGAGUCUACCCCCUUGGAUUUUGUCGGGACGUUCAGCUCGCCAAAAAGGACUUCCAGAAGGUUGUCCGCCAAGCUAAACGGCUAUACUGGCGCAAUCUCAUCGACAGCUUCAACGACAGUGCUUCUGUGUUUAAAGCCGUCCGCUGGCUGAAGUCUCCAGGUGCCUUCCAACCUCCCCCCCUCGAAGUGGAGGGUGAAGUAUACGAAACGCAGCUCGACAAAGCCAAUGCUCUUCGUCGAGCCACGCUAGAAAGGCGAACGACGGAAGACGACAUAUCCGACCCGUGGGCCCCAGUCGCCGCGACUAGACCGAUACCUUUCUCCCAGGAUGUAUCACUAGCCGAGGUGCAGGACGCGACCGUCCGUACGGGGAACACAUCUCCCGGCUCUGACAACAUCACGGUUAAGAUGCUCACAGCGGCCUGGCAUAUCAUUGGCGAACAUGUCCGCCGUCUAUACGAGGGCUGUCUCCGACUCGGUCACCAUCCGCAACCGUUUAGGGAGGCGGAGGUGGUCAUGAUAGCGAAGCCGGGUCGACGGAAUCUGUCGACACCGCGCGCCUGGCGACCAAUCUCGUUGCUCUCCUGCCUAGGCAAGGGCCUCGAGAGGCUCAUUGCGCGCCGUCUAGCGUGGGCGUCCAUCCACUAUGGUGUACUUCAUCCGCAACAAGCUGGGGCCCUGCCGAAGAGGUCCGCUGUCGACCUCGUGGCUGCUCUCGUGCACGACAUCGAAGAAGCGUUCGCUCGCGGGCUGGUCGCCACACUGGUGACAAUGGACAUUCAGGGGGCCUUUGAUACCGUCCUCCGCAACAGACUGAUCCUCCGUCUGCGCCAGCAAGGAUGGCCUGAGCAGCUCGCACGAUGGGCUGGCUCUUUCAUGUCAGACCGCUCAGCGUGCGUGCGAUAUCAGGACAUUACCACACCCAGUUCCCCACUUCAGUGUGGACUGCCGCAGGGUUCGCCCGUCUCGCCGAUCCUCUUCUUGCUGUACACGGAGCCGAUCUACCGCCUGGGUAAUCCGAAAGGUCGAUUCGGCUACGCCGACGACACUGGUAUCCUCUCGUAA